AUGCGAAUGGGGACGAAAUGUGACUUAAAAAUCAUUCGGAUUGUCUCUGGGUUCACACGCUUUGAGGAGAAUUUACUCCACGAGAAGUUAAAAGGCGACAAGAAGUGGAAGCGUGGGCGGCGUGGGAAAGGGCGGUGGAGGAAAAAAGAGAAUGAGGACCCAACAAAACGUCGUGAGAAGUAUGAGGAGAUGAUACAACAGGGGAGAAAUGAGUUACAAUUUAAAUAUGAGUUAAUGGAUACUGAAGUGAUUGUACAGAAAGCUUUAGAGAGUGAAGAGAGUGAGAUGGUUCUCAUUGAAUCCAACAAUCAAGAAAUUGAAAGUUAUGAAAAAGACGAAAUAAUCGACGCACAGCAUUCGAUGAAACUCGAUGACAAUGAAAGUUCGUUUCCUUUGGACGAAAACGAGAUUUUCAUCGAACAAAUUGAUAAGAUGGAACGAGAGAAAUUCGGUCGUCAAGUCAAAAUGGAAGUUGAGAAAGUCGGAAAGUUGGAAAAAGUUGAGAAAAUCGAAAUUCCGGAAACCCCGAAAAUUACAGAGAAAAUCGAAACGACGGAAAACGACGAGAAAGGCGAAAAAGCUGUACUUUUGAACUGCGAAACUCCUAAACUCGCGACGACUUCGGCGGCGCAGACGGUUAAGAGUUUGGACGGCGGCAAGAAGUUCACCCAAAUUGAGACUUUUGGAAAGGAGGUGAUAGCGCCAAAUAACAAAGAAGUGAAUAUAACAGAACUUCCUCAGAUGAUUGCAAACUCCGACACAAGAGAAAAAGUCGACGACCGCAAACGCGUCUCCAAUGAAGUGAUUUUACGCGAUGAUGAAUUUACAAUGACACGAGAAUUGAUAGUCCAAAAAAUGAAAAUGAAUGGGAUUGGGGAAAGGGAGUCACGCGAGAUCAGUUGCAAACUGGUGAAGACGAUGGAAAGGUAUGGUGUCGAUAAGUAUUAUUGGCCAUCAAGUUGGAGAGAGGACUUCCGAAAAGAGGUCUUAAACACAGUCACCACAUUUGUUGAGCGAAUUCGGGAGGUUGUAGUGAGUGAAAAAUUGUACGAGAGUGGAGAGAGGUACAUGAAAGUAGUCAACGCAAUGAAAGAAAUUAGUGAUCUUUCAUUUGAAAGAGAAGCAAUUAGUGUGGAAGGAGUCUGGGGGAUGGCUGGAGACUUAAUUUUGAUAGAAGAAGCCGCGAAGAGUGGAGUCGAGUGUUUUUCAAUUUGGAUGGAAAACCCACUCAUAAAAUUUCUCGUUGAAAAGAUGGGCUUAGAGAGUGAGAACGACAAGAUGAAUUUCUUGAAACAGCGCCUGGAUGCGUUGAUUGGGUUUAAGAAAAGGUGUGGAUAUGGGAUGAAAAGGUGUGUCUGA